CCACACCACACACCUUCACCCUAUCCAUCUUCUUCCUCAAAUCCUAUCUUCUAAAUCCAUGGCGUCUAUCUCCGCCGCAGCCACCGCUGCUGCUUCUUCCAAGCCCCCAUUUUCAUUCGCUUCACCCUCCUCUUCCUCUUCUUCUUCGACCCCUCUUUUUACUCUUUCAAAACCCACCACUAAAUUAGUGCUUUCUUCUUCUUUUAUCUCUAAAUCUACCACAAAUCUCUUUCUCCACACUCCCUCUUCAUCCUCUGCCGCCCCUUCUCACCGCCGCCGCUCUCUCACCGUACGCGCUGCUCGUGGAAAAUACGAGCGAACUAAACCCCAUGUCAACAUCGGGACUAUCGGCCACGUCGACCAUGGAAAGACCACACUCACUGCCGCCCUCACCAUGGCCUUAGCCUCCACCGGCGGAGGUGUUGCCAAGAAGUACGACGAAAUCGAUGCUGCUCCCGAAGAACGCGCUCGUGGUAUCACCAUCAAUACGGCUACUGUCGAAUACGAGACUGAGAACCGCCACUAUGCUCACGUGGAUUGCCCCGGCCACGCUGAUUACGUUAAGAAUAUGAUUACCGGAGCUGCUCAGAUGGACGGAGCUAUCCUCGUCGUCUCCGGCGCCGACGGUCCCAUGCCUCAGACUAAAGAACAUGUUUUGUUAGCGAAGCAAGUGGGUGUUCCGAACAUGGUUGUUUUCCUGAACAAACAAGAUCAAGUUGAUGAUGAAGAAUUGCUUGAAUUGGUUGAAUUGGAGGUAAGAGAUCUAUUGUCUUCUUAUGAAUUUCCCGGCGAUGAUAUACCCAUUAUAUCCGGCUCUGCUUUGUUAGCUUUAGAGGCUUUAACCGAGAACCCUAAGAUUACGAAAGGGGAAAACAAAUGGGUUGAUAAAAUCUAUGAAUUAAUGGCUGCUGUUGAUGAAUACAUUCCAAUCCCACAAAGACAAACUGAACUCCCGUUCUUGUGUGCAAUUGAAGAUGUGUUUUCAAUUACGGGUCGUGGGACUGUGGCGACGGGUCGGGUCGAGAGAGGUACUGUUAGGGUUGGAGAGAGUGUUGAGAUUGUGGGUUUGAAAGAUACUAGAACCACCAUUGUUACAGGUGUUGAAAUGUUCCAGAAGAUUCUUGAUGAAGCUCUGGCUGGUGAUAAUGUGGGACUUCUGUUAAGAGGUAUUCAGAAGAUUGAUAUCCAAAGAGGGAUGGUUUUGGCCAAACCCGGAUCAAUUACACCCCAUACCAAGUUCGAAGCUUUGGUGUAUGUGUUGAAGAAAGAAGAGGGUGGGAGGCAUUCACCAUUUUUUGCAGGUUACAGGCCUCAGUUCUACAUGAGAACGACUGAUGUUACUGGAAAGGUGAACUCCAUCAUGAAUGAUAAAGAUGAGGAAUCGAAGAUGGUUAUGCCUGGUGAUCGUGUGAAGAUGGUGGUGGAGCUUAUUAUGCCUGUUGCUUGUGAGCAAGGAAUGCGGUUUGCAAUCAGAGAAGGUGGUAAGACCGUUGGAGCUGGUGUUAUCCAGUCAAUUAUCGAAUGAUCUCUCUUGGUCUCUUUGCUUUCGAGUUGUUUGGAGAUUUAUAUUCAUAACUGUAUGCACUUAAUUUUGAGUAUUUAUGAUAUCACACAUGAUGUUGCACCUCUUUUCUUGAAUUGAUGCUAGUCUCUUAGUUUAUUCAUGGCAAAUAUGAUCUUGGUUUGAUGUUUUA